CAGUGAGCCAUUGGGCAGCUUUCACCACAUGGAAUUUCGACAACCAAAAAGACAAUUCGGCGAGCCGGCAUCCUGAACAUAUUGCAACAUGGCGCCCGUGGCCGUCGACCAUGAGCCUAGAUACCUCCCCGUCGCGGUCGUAGCCACCCACGGCAUUGCGGUCAUGGCGUUGACCGCGGUCGUCUGUCGCGGCCUGUACUGCUCAUACUGGGACCUGACGCCGUCGCAGGGCGCCCGCGCGCGCCAGGCCAGCCGCGCCCGGCUGGUCCCCGUCUUCGCCGCGCUGGCGGCCCUGAGUCUGGUCGUGGCGACCAAGUCGGCUGCCGACUAUGCCGCGCUGUCGUAUCGCGUCUGGGCCGACGAGCGCGGUUUCGAGUCGGACGGCAGAUUCCCUUACCUGAGCGGAAACGUGACUCGGUGGCUCAGCGACACCCCGAUUUACCGCGACGCCCGCGAGAUCGUGUCCGAGAAGGCCCGCCGGCUCUUCUGGGGCCGGCAGCUUGACCUCGGCAUGACGACAUGGACCCUCUUGCUCUCUAUCGAGGGCCGCCGUCGCCGCAUCCCUUACACCUGGGCUUACUUCUGCCUGGCGCAGAUGGCCAGCCUGUCCUUCGCCCAGAACCUGUUCUACGUCGCCUUGCUACUCACGCCGACGCCGCUCCCUCUAGGUUCGGGCGCUGAGGGGCGUGGCCGGCUGGCGCAGGUGCUGGGCCGCGUGUUCCCAUCAAAGCCCAGCAACUGGUUUCCCAGCCCGGUUGCCUCCACGUCGGUACUAUACCUGGGAUGCGCCGUGAUGGCGCUGCUGCCCGAGACCUCGGGAAGCAUUGUCCUGCGCAUCACGAGCUUGGCGCUGCUCGCCAUACCGACGGUAGCGCCCCUGUCAUGGGGAGCCGUGUACUCGCCCCCACACGGCGCGCACGACACACACACCAAGACGUUCCGGACAUUCUCGCUCGCCACGUUCGUCAUGUACGCCCUCGGCGCCGGCUACGCCCUGGCGUACAACGCGCCCGACUCGCACUACCACCGGCACAGCAUCAGGAUGCCGCUCGACACGGCCAGGCGCUCCGAGUGGGAACGCGCCUCGACGGCCGUGGCCAAGGUGCUCGGCUCGACGGCCGACCACCCCGUCGUGGCCGCCGCCGGCCGCGACGUGCUCCUGUCGGCGCUUGCCUUGGGCCUCUGGGCCGCGGUGCGGGCCAUGGACUCGCGGCAGAUCAUCAGCGCGGCGUGGCCCCUCGCCGCGGCUCCCGGCCUCGGCGCCAAGUCCAUGGCCGACGACGUCGCCGAGACUGCCCAUUCCGUCGUUGCAAAGGUCGCGGACGACGACGACGACAAGGCCGAGGAGCCGCCGACGCCUGCGCCCCGUCGCCGCGGCCGGCCACGCAAGAUCAAGCAGGAGGACCGGGCUCCGGAGGAGGCCAAUGGCGACUCUGCUUACAAGCCGAGCGCCGAGGAGGUUGCAACCGCAGCGGAGGGCGAUUUGCUCCCGGAGGAGGAUGUCGACUGGGAGGCGGCGGCCCUGACGUGGGUCAUCAACAUCGUUGGGGGCCUUGGCUGCGGCAGCGCGGGCGUGUUUGGCGGAGAGUGCGUCUCUCGGUGAAGACGGACCGGUUAGCAUGCCUCGGCCAUGAAGCUGGCAGCUGACUGUGGUUUCUCUGCGAUUUGAUUCGACAAAGCACACGUAAGCCCUAAACUCGGGCCGAAGGCUGGAAGGAGUAUACGUGGUGCCUCGGGUCGACCUAGAUUCUGGUUUUGGUUCGUUCGUUCGCGUUGAUGAAGGGGCGGGCUUGACGUUGGUGUGUUUAGCAGCAAUAUCGUAGAGAGAUCGGGUUUCCCAAAAUCUCCUAGGCUAUUUUACUUCAAGCCCUCUCGCUUGAUAGACUCGGGGCUAGUAUAGGCCUGCAGCUCCCCGAUCCGUCGGCAGUGAUCCAUCAAGUUAUGGGGCUUGGUAAACGACCACCCUAGAGCAUCGUGGAUCUUGCCCAAAGGCGUCAGGGUUUCUUCCUAGCUCUCCCCACAUGGCAUCAACGAACAUGUCCUCUGUGUGGUGACUUUUGGCUGCGACGUGAAGGAGGCGCAGACCGGCCGAAAGAGCCGGCCAGAGCGGGCGAUCCAAGCUAGCCAAGAAAAGGCGAGGGCGCGGGGCGGGCGGCCAGCGGUGGGGUGUGGUUUUUUUCCCACUUCCCUCUCGGCGCCGCCGGGGCAGAGGAAGCUCCUCCCAAGGGCU